AUGCACACGGCGUUUACCGCGCGAGUAGUGGCCAUCCCCCUCCCCCGCCCCUUCCGCUGUGCCGGCCCUGGGCCCCGCUCCCGGGCUCGUGGCGGACUGCUUCGCGGCUCGGACAAGCGAAUAGAGGUACCUGAGUCUGUGAGGCCCCAAUGGGACGCCUGCGCCGAGGCUCUGGAGGUCCUGGGACUGGAGCGUAAGGAUGCCGACAAGGCGAUUGGCUCCGCUUUCGGCUGGGGCAAGAAGAAGAAAUACUGGCAGGGAGCCAAGCAGGACGAAGUCCCAGAUGUGCAGCGAUUGGCAGAGGCACUAGAGUUCCUUUCGUCGGUCGGUAUUGCCGCUCCAGAAGAUCAGGGGAAAGUGGUCAAGGACUUCCCCCAGGUGCUGGGGCUGAGUCCUGAUCUGAUGCAGCACAACGUCAACAAGCUGAAGCAGGCGUACCGAAUGAAGGGCUCCGUGCUGGCGUCCUCUGUGAAGAGGAAACCCAAAGUGCUAGGGGCCAUCACCGAUUGCGAGGGCGACUGUGAAGGCAACUGCUCGCGCUGCUUUGCCCAAUUUUGA